UAUCAAUUUACAUAAGUAAGAUAUCAAAAACACGGUGACAAGACUCUGCCGUCUCCCACAGUACCUGGUGCAGCUCCCAACAUGACGACGACGACGCUGCUGUUGCUGACUUCGGUCCUGGGCACGGCCCUCGCAGUCACCCCCCACAUCUUGACCCCACAGGCCAAACAGGCCCCCGAGGCUGCCCUAAUCAUCGUGCCCGGGGCCUACGUGAAGGGACAGCAGUAUAUCCCUCUAGCGCAGGAAAUACAGAAGUCGUCUCCCCUGAAACUCUGGGUAGCUGUUCUAGAAGGGUUUAUCGGUGAUCUCCCGAAUCCCAUACAGCUGUCGGGAGCUGUGACGGACGCCAUUGCGCAGCUCCGGAAGAGCGGAAUGACGUCAGACAACGUCUUCUUGGCAGGACACAGUCUCGGAGGCGUCUUUGUUGGAAAUCAUGGGAAGUCUCAUGCCAAACAGUUAAAGGGCAUCCUGCUGCUGGCGUCCUACAUCACCAAGGGGAAUCCCCUGUCCCAGUAUCCUCUUCCUGUCCUCACUAUCUCCGGUGACCUGGACGGUAACACUCGUAUCACCAGGAUCGCCGACAGCUUCCAAGAGUUACAGAGCGACGUUGCCAAGAACGCCAACGCUAUGUACCGUACCCCCGUCGUCAUCAUGUCUGGCAUCAACCACGCCCAGUUCGCAUCCGGCACCAUGCCCUCCGGGGUCCUCAAGGUCGACCUUCCCGCAGAAGUCAGUGAAGCAACAGCGCACAACGUGAUUGCGCAGCACUGCAAUAACUUCCUGGUUGCAACGCUUCAGCAGCCGCAGACCGACGUCACGAAGGCCAAGGCCGCCCUCAAGCUGGCGUAUGACGCUACUAGUCGCAUCAUGAAACCGCUGCUCACCCUCAAGACUCUGGACAUGAAUGACCAGAAUAUGUCCGGCUGGACCAUCCAAGCCCAGAAAAUGUUGCUAGGCGACAUCGCCAAGACGCUGAAGGUAACCAGCAAGGAGGAGGGUGAGCCUGCGUUUUUGCUGGCAAAGGCAGACACAGGCACCAACAUCGUCGACACCGUCACCCACGUCUCCCUGCCUCUCAACCCCCUGGAUGUCUCCACAAACAAAGCUUCACCAGAUCAACUCGAGGCCAAGAUGAAGACACGCGAGGCAGUCGUAAAGUCUAUGUCGGGGGUCAAGGCCGGACCAGGUCCCACCAUCACAUGCAAGGACAUCAACGAGGCUGCAUUCCAGCUGGCUCUCAGCUCUUCCUCUAGUGUGGCUAGGACACGCUACCAGAAACGUGCAGUGAGGAAACUGGUUUUCAAAGAUGACGUCAAACUUAGCACUGGCAUCCAAUGGGUGGGACGGACCUUGGGACUGAAGGAAACAGGGAAUGCGCUGGAGGUAACUUCUGCCUCUCUAGUGACAGCUGCCGACUACACCAUCCCAUCUUUCGCUGGCAUGUACUACUGCAAGCUGUUGGCUCCGUACCGUGCCAUGGAGUGGAUCUAUGUGGACUCACUCCGAAGAAAUACCUCUCCCAGUCUGGUGGGGUGAUGUGAAAUGUAUUUAAACUACCUAAGAAAUUUAGACAUGUAAUAUAAUAAAUUGGUUUACUCUUUUGCA